UGGCCAAAACACUGCAGCCAUCUUGCACAGCGCAUCAAGAGUGAGUAAACUCAGAAAUUUGAUUUGUUGGCUUGCUGUAAACCACGAUAUUAUUCCACCAAAAGACACAAGGCACUAUUCUAAAACGGAAUAGCUAUCGUGAAGGUAUACACACGCCGUGGACAAUGUAACAUUUGAUGAAGACAUUUUCGUCUCCAGUUCGAUGUUGUUCCGUCACAUGCAUUCCCUAGAAUGACAGCUGAGGCCAUUGGUACCGCCUUUUACAAUGUUGAACAGCCAAUCACAGCUCGCCAAAAUCCCUGCACGGAGAGGUUUGGUUGUUGUGCGCAUGCGCAUCACAGUUGGUAAGCCCCUCACUUCUCAGAAGCUUGCAGGAGUGUGAAGAUGGCGGUUGGGACCGGCCCGCUGGGUGAGCCUUUUUCACACACAGAGGUGAAUAAAGUGAUAGUUUGUCAUCCUGUACAGUCUGUAGAGUCACAACUGUCGUUCUUGUGUCACAACAACCACUGGGGUAGGCACGAGGCAGACGGUAAUUACAUGGCUAUAGUUCCCGGACAAGGGGGUAGCGCGAGCUAAUGUCCAGCUGGGACUUGGUCAAGACGAUUGCCAAAGCAGGUACGCUGUAACUACUAAUGUUGUUUUCCUCUUUGUCUCUCCGAGUACACACGAAAAACAGUACAUGCGACAGAGUCUUGUCCCAUCAUAUUCAAGAUUGUUUGUGCUCCUUGAACAAGUUGAAGUGCAGGGGGUCUCAUCAUAACGAGCUCCCCAUGGUUCAACUAUGGAUGCAUCGACGGCCAGCACGGACUCCACCGCGGGACACGACCCUGGCAAAAAACUUGUUGUUAGUGGCGGUGUAACUUCUCUCUCCAAUCACCAGGGCAAAGUGGGCUCACACUCGGUGCAUACUUUCAAUGGGAGCCACACUAUGAACUCUCACAAUUCAGGAAGCGCUGCCCCUCUCGGGGGGGCGACAAGUGACACUCGUAUCAAUAUCAGUACUGCAACAAUGCACUCCUCGUCAAACAGUGUAAUUCAGACGCCUCUCAUGAACUCGCAGAGUGAUGUCGCUUCAGCUCAGUCUGUGAGCCCGGCAACAACAGGAGCCACUGUGACACUCGUCAGGCCGCCUGUGCAAACCGCGGGGUCGGGUGCAACUUUGAAUGGGAACAAUAAUGCGAGCCAUGCUGCUGUGUUUGCCAAUACAUUAGGUCACACAGGUACUAUUGGCAUACAAACCCCGCUUGUAAACAAUAGCCAGCCGUCCAACUCUGUGUCUGUCAGCGCAGGGUCGCACAUAAUCAAGGCAGAGCCACCCACAACAAUAAUACAGUCAGCACCGCAGCCGGCUGUCACUCCUGGCGCCAUCAGCGCUCCCCGGAUUUCGACGACUGUAGCUGCCAGCCCAGGCGGGAUCAGAGCCCUGACUCCUCAGAUGUUGGCCCCAAGGCUCCACCAGACCUCACCGGGACAGCCCAGUAUACAUAACAUCCAGCUCCCCCCGGGGAUGGUGCUUGUACGCAGUGAGAGCGGGCAGCUGUUGAUGAUUCCUCAGCAGGCUCUGGCCCAGAUGCAGGCUCAGGGAGGCAUGGCACCUCGGACUGCUACACCAACAAACGUGCUUCCUGGUCAGGCUCCUGGAAACACCAUCAUCAGCAGACAACUGGCUCACAGCACCAUCAUCCGUCAAGGCUGUCCGGCCCCGACGUCGCUCACUGCGACCACCACUCUUCACAGGCCUCCUGUCCUUCAGAGCUCAGUUGGGGCUGCAGUACCAGGAAUGUCCCCCAGGACCGCCAGCCAAACAGCUGGGACCUCAGUUGCCUCAGUAACAGUGAGCAAGGAGACAAUGGAGAAUGUGAAGAAAUGUAAAAACUUCCUGUCAACACUGAUCAAGCUGGCGUCCUCUGGGAAGCAAUCUACAGAGACUGCAGCCAGUGUGAGAGAGCUGGUCAAGGACCUGCUGGAGGGCAGACUGGAGGCUGAGGAAUUCACCAGCAGAUUGUACAAAGCGCUCAACUCCUCACCCCAACCUUACCUUGUGCCUUUCCUCAAGAGAAGCCUCCCAGCCUUGAGGCAGCUCACUCCAGACUCAGCAACCUUCAUCCAGCAGAGUCAGCUCCCCCAGCCAGCCUCAGGUCCAGUCUCCUCCACCUCACCCAUCCCCACCACGGUGGUCCUGGGCAGCCCAGCGCCCCCCCUCACUACUCCAGUCAACAGACCCCAGCUCCAGCCAGGCAUUAGCAAACCAGGACAGACCCCCUCACUGGUUGUCCAGCCUCAGCAGCAGAGAACAAUGUUUAGACCUCAGGUAGCCUUAACAACGACCCCCAUGGUGACUCUCAGGAAUCAGGCUCCUGGCCGCAUCAUGCUGGGACAGCAACAGGUCCCAGUUCCUGUGAGGUCGGAGGGGUCACCUUUUUCUAAACAAGUGUCUGCUGCAGCCUUGACCCUGGCUCAAAAGAACAAGCUGAGAGAGGCGGGAGGCACCUUCAAAGAUGAUGACGACAUCAAUGAUGUGGCCUCCAUGGCUGGAGUGAACCUAUCGGAGGAAAACGCUAAUAUUCUAGCAACCAACUCUGGACUAGUGGGAGCUGUGACACAUUCCUGUAAGGACGAGGCUUUCCUCCCCUGUGCCGUUCUCCAGAGGAGAAUGCAGGAGAUAGGUGAGAAACUUACAACAUUAUUGACGACACAGCAUCUAUCCCUCCACCUUCUAAAGCCUAGAGAUGUCUCUGUUCCUUUUCCAGGUAAGAGGUACGGUGUGACAGACCUGGGUGCCGAGGUGGUGAACUUUGUCUCCCACGCUACUAGGCAGCAGCUCCAGAACCUUCUGGGAAAAGUUUCCCAAGUCGCCCAGCAGAAAAACUCCACUUUCAAGGAGGAUGACAAUUAUGAGCAGAGCAGUGAUGUUCGUGCUCAGCUUAAGUUCUUUGAGCAGCUGGACCAGCUGGAGAAACAACAGAAGGAGGAACAGGAGAGAGAGAUUCUCCUAAAGGCAGCUAAGUCUCGAGCUCGGCAAGAGGACCCGGAGCAGCUGCGUCUGAAACAGAAGGCAAAAGAGAUGCAGCAGCAGGAGCUGGCUCAGAUGAGACAGAGGGAGGCCAACCUGACGGCUCUGGCAGCCAUCGGUCCCAGGAAGAAGAGGAAGAUUCUGGACUCUCCAUCCUCCUCUGCUGCAGCCGAGGGAUCAGGAACAGGUCCCUCCCUGUCCGGUGGGGCUGGUUCGUCGGGCUCCAGACCCACGAGGCAGCGCAUCACGCGUGUCAAUCUCAGGGACCUGCUCUUCUGUUUGGAGAACGAGAGAUUUACCAGUCACUCCCAUUUCCUCUACAAGGGCUUUCUCAAAUAGACUUGAUGUCAGAGGGGAGAGGAGGGAAACGUGUGUGUGGAGAGAUCAGCCGCUCCCACCACAGAGAGAGCAUAAGACACUUCUAAGUAAAAAGGAGGAGAGAUGUUUGUUGGCACAUUUUGAGGUUUUUCAGAUAUACCUGAUAACCUGAAGUACAGCAGUACCCCUAUUGGAUGACCUCUCUGCCUCGCCCCUCAAAUAAUGUCUGUUUUGCUUCAGAGCAGUCAUACAACCUUUCAAGAAAUGGAUUAUAUGUGUUACGAGGAAGGGUUUAUGAAUGAAAACAUGACUUGUACAAUUAUGCACUGUCUCACAGUACAGUACAUCUUCAGAUUAUUAGUGUGCGUAUUAGACUUUAAAGCAAUGGAAAUCGACACAUUUGUUUUAAUAGACUAAUUUUGAUUGAAUAAUUAGAUUUCUGAUUUUUUAACUGAAUUAGUUUGAACUUCAAACUGUGUAACUGUGAGCUGCCUUCCUAACAAUAAAUAAGCCAUAUAGCCAUCCCGAAGCAAAUAACCGCACGGUAACACAUGAAGCAGUAGUCUCUGUCUUCUCCAUUACUUUACUUGAUUAUUUUCUUCAGCAUAUUUAUUGACUAAACUCAAGCUUAAAUUAAUGUUUAGUUAUUUAUUUAAUUUCAUGUGACACCUCAGUUAUUUCAUGUAGUUUAAUUUCAAAACAAAAGAGCAUUUACCUGCAUAGGAUAUGUUUAAAAUCAGUUUUGACAUUUCGUUGGGUGUAUAGAUUUUAGUGCGUGAAGACGAGUGAUCUUUGUUUUUUUAAUCUUUUAAAUGGUUCUUUUUAAAAUGAGUUUGACAUGUGUCGAUCUCUAAAACUAAAAUAGGUUUCAGAAGACUUUUAAACCCAUAUUACUAUACCAAACAUGCAUCUACCUGAAAGUGAUUUCUAUUUUUGUAGCUGCCCACCUACACACAUUUGUACUCUUUCGAUAGUGACUGGCAGUGUUUCUCCCCCUGUAUAUUUGUAUAUGUUACACCUAAAGUUUUACACAUGGUUUUGUAUAGAGUUGAACAUUUACCCAUCCAGCAUAAAGAAAAAUACAUUUUCUCUAUUAAAAAGUUUGAAUAAAUAAUGAUUUUACAUUAA